GAGGACGCGUCGAAGGCGGAAAUCACCAGAAAGUAUCGCCAGCUCUCGAAGGUAGGCACUAUCUCUGACGAAGAGGCUCAUGCCAUCCGUCUGCUGUGUGCAUGAUGCAGGUGAACCAUCCCGAUAAAGAGGGUGACCCUGAAGUGCAAAAGCGCUUCGACAUCGCGUACGGGGCGCUCACCAAGACCAAGGUGCGUGCUGAUGUGGGCGUGCACUGCAACUGCCGGCCGGUCGCCAUGCAUCCUCCUUGUUUUCCCCUUCUCUCCAUUGUUGCAUGCAGGCGGUGAACGAGUUUGAGUUUGAGGAGGGGGAUGAGCUGGUGAGCUGAAGGCACCUGCACCCACCCCUACAAUUCCAUUUUGAUGGCUCCAUCCGUCCGUGUAUCCUCCUGGAUUGUUUCGUGCUCUGCAGGCCAUGACGGUGCAUGAGCUGAGGGCAGCGAGGCAGCUGGUGAGAGCGCCACACACAACACAGUCCUCCACGCCACACACAUACAGACAGGGAGACAAAGAGGGAGCUAACUAAGGCUGGGCGACCACUUGGAAGAACACUCAUGCGCAUUUCUCCUGUGUGUGAACAGAUCAAAAAGCUGACCCGCGAGAUUCGCAGCAGGCUGAAGGAACUCGACGAGAAGCUGAAGGAGGACUUGAGGCGCAUCCACGAGGAGAUGGCCUACCUGGUCAUCGAGAGGGCUGGGGUGCAGGCGGCGCGGAAAACGCCGCGAUGGCAAUUCUGCGAGCUCACCUUCAGUGUUGCGAAGAGGAAGAAGAAGCGAUGUCGCUGAUGAACGAGCACUACACGUUCUUUGGGCUGGAGCCCACUGCGUCCAACGAUGAAGUCCGUCGCCGCUACUUCAAGUUGUCUCGGGUAAAACGAUGCACUGCAGUGCACUGCAGCCAUGGAAAUGGGGAGGAAAGAGAGACUCGGCUGCUUUGACUAAGCUGGUGGCCAUGCGCUCACUCAUUGUGCUGACCGUGUGCUGUGUGGGUGCGCAGAAGAACCAUCCUGACAAGGGCGCCAGCACGGAGAAACAGAAGGAAAUCAACGGCCACUACGCGGCCAUCAUGAAGGGGCAUGGAGUUGAUGAGCAGGAGUUGCAAUGGGAGAAGUUUGACGAGGAGGUGAGCAGAUUCACUGGCCGCACCCAGCACAAAGCCAGCACACACACUCGACGAUGCCCUGCAUGCGGCACAUCACAUGGAUGCUUGUUGUUGCAUUGUUGCAUUGUUGACCCACAGAUGGCGAGGCUGAGGGCAAAGGCGGGGGAGUCGGCGGCCAAGUUGGAGGCUUUCAUCCAAGCCUCGGACGAGGAGUUCGAAGCCUCGCUCGAGGAGGCGGACGAGUACCUGGCCUACGUGGUCAUCGGAAAAGCUGCGGUACAGAAGGCCAUCGACGCCUACGUCGACCUCACCCUGCCGCCUCCCAAGCCCGACAGCCCCACACAACCACAAAGCCGGCGUUGCCGCGGGGGAUGUGUUCUUGAAUGGAUGCUCAUCGUUGCCUGCAUUUUAUAUCCUGUGGAAAGUUUUGACCAUGAACUCGCUACGGAAGAGUACGUUAUGACUUCUGCACAUUUGGAUGAGUGCGUGGUUUCCCAUUCGGCGACGUCACGUGCAUUUCGCCCUCUGUCAUAUGCACGCCUAAUGGG